AUGGAUCUCGCCCCCAGGGAUCGCGCAGAGGCCCUGCUGCUCAAGGCCGCCCGCGCGUACGGCGUCCCCGCCGCGAAGGACGACGUGCGUGGCGCCCUGGACGAUGCCGCGUUCGUCGAGUGGGCAAAUCUACAUCUCGCGCCCGAUCACCUCUUGACGGGUGAUGAGCUGGCAUUGUAUACUGCCCUUGACAAGAGCGGCCAGGUUGAUCGGUUGGCUGAUUUGUAUGAUUUGGGUGAGGUUCAGGCGGUCAAUGAGGAUGACAUCAGGGCUGCUAUUGAUGAGUUGAACCGGUCUACCGCCACCAUCUCUAAGCAGACCGAGGCUUUACGACAACAGCAGGAUGCUCUCUCGCGUCUUGUAAAGAAGCGAGAUGAAGCUGAAAGUCAACGCCGUGACUGGGAAGACUCCCGCUUAAACAAGACCAAGCUCGCACUCAAGAAGCUAGCCUUUGAGGUGACUACCCCUCCCCCUCACCAAUAUGCAGUUACCCCUGGAAAACGUCAGACUAAGACAAGGGUAAUUCAGGUCGACGGCGAGGCGCAGAGCCUCGAGUAUCGCGUCGCCGAUCUAGAGCACCUCGCCAAGGACUCCCGCUCCAACCUCAAGCACACGGUGGACGACGCGCUGCAGUCCGACGACAGGCUGCUGUCGAGCUUGCAGAAGCUAGGUUGGGAGCUGGACCAGCAGGAUCCGGAGGAGAAGCAGACUGUCGAGAAGCUGCGAGAGAUCUGCAUGCGGCUGAUCAAGACGACUGUUGAGACGCUUCGCACGAGGUUGGAUAGGAUUUACCUUGAGGCCACCCUUGCGGCGGAGAGAUCGGGUGACGUCAAGUCGGCGACUAGUGACGAUGUCAAGGCUCUGGAGGAGGAGCUCGAGUCUCUCUACUCUGAGAUUCUCCCCGUUGCUCAGAUGUCGGCCGAGCAGCAGCAUCUGGAGCCGGCGUUGAAGUCGACCGACUCUCACAGCGGACAAAGCCUACACCGUUCUGCCGUAGCGGUUUCUUACGUCGAUGAAUGCCUGGACCACCUGCUGGACAGAAUAUGUCUUCUCGCGGACCGUGUAGAAACGCUCAAGUCACACCACGCAGCAACAUCUUCCAUCAUUGCAACCGCCAAGUCAGAGGUCGCUGCCUCCCUCUCUCCGGAGAAGAAAGCUGCCAAGCCCGCUUUCCCUGCUUCACCUGUUCGCAACCGCAACCCCUCUCCCAUUCGACGAAUACGCGCGAACACUGGUUCUCGUCGCGGCAACCGUCGCCGUUCAUCUGGAAUCCUGGAUGAGCCUGCUAUUGAGGCCCUCCUUCGUAGCCUCGCACUCACCCUACCCCCAGCAGAAGACGCAACCGCCCAAGAACGAACCUCAAGCCUAGCACAGGUCGUAUCAGAGCGCUCCAUCAAAACAACAGACGUAACCCGCAACGCACAAGAAAGCUACGAAGCAAUCACAACCUCGCGUCUCGACGACACCCGCCUCGCCAUCCAGCUCCUCCGCGACAGCGUAUUGGCCGAGAGCCCUUUCAACGAGGUCAAGCUCGCUGACCCCGAAAUUGAAGGGUCGAUCCACGUGCUGAGCCAAGAGGUGGAAAAGGUGAAGGAGAAGCUCGAGGGGGCGGUUGCGAAGAAGGGGUCGUUGGCGAGGAGCGUUGCCAAGGAUGAGUUUGUGCAACGAUGGGCGACGUGA